UUGUUUUUUAUUGCGAACUAACCAGUGCUCAAAAACAAACUAAACAACCUACCAAAGCGGCAAAAACCCAGAAAGCACACGAAAAGCAGCGUAAAUCCAGUCACAAACGCCCGAGUUCGGGCGAACCGAUUUAGAUCAGCGCCAAAACCCGCGAACCCAACAAAACCCACAAACCAAAGCCUUCCCGUCAUUUGGAUUUGCAGGCGAGGCCUCUGGAUGAGUGAGCUUCAGAUACCAGAUGCAGAGGAAGAGCUGGAGAACAUUGGCGACAGUGAGGAAGGUGCUAACGUGCGCCGUAUGCUUAAUUGCGCUAGUGGCUCUCUUCUCUUUCUCCAAAGUCCCUAACUUCUCCGACCCCGUCAAGCUUCCCACGUUGGAUGAUACAAGUCGGAUAUUGGAUGACAAGCUAUGGAAGAUUCCACCGACUCCCGAUUUUGUGCAGUGUGUAGAGCCAACUCCGAACUAUACACCUCCUGCAGAGUCACGGGGCUACUUUCAAGUGCGUACAAAUGGUGGUCUCAACCAGAUGCGUGCAGGGAUAUGUGACAUGGUAGCUGUAGCCCGCAUCAUAAAUGCCACUCUUGUUAUUCCAGAACUUGAUCAACGGUCGUUUUGGAAAGACUCUAGCAACUUCUCAGAUGUUUUUGACGAAGAUCAUUUUAUCAAGGCUCUAGCUAAUGAUGUUAAAAUUGUAAAAAAGCUUCCCAAGGAACUUGCUUCUGGUCCCAGAGCACUAAAGCUUUUCAGAAGCUGGGCUAGUAUGGAUUAUUACCAAGAUGAGAUAGCUAGUCUCUGGGAAGUGUACGAGGUUAUUCGAGCCUCCAAAGCUGAUGCUCGCUUAGCAAAUAACAACCUACCUCUAGAUAUACAGAAACUUCGCUGUCGUGCUUGUUAUGAAGCUCUGCGUUUUACACCUCAAAUUGAAGCAAUGGGAAAAUUGUUAGUUGAUCGGAUGAGGUCGUUUGGUCCUUUUAUUGCCCUUCAUUUACGAUUUGAGAAGGACAUGCUUGCCUUUAGUGGAUGCACGCAGGAUUUAACUCCAUCUGAAGCUGAUGAACUAAGGAUCAUCCGGGAGAACACAAAAACCUGGAGAAACAAGGAAAUUAAUUCCAUAGAACAGAGAUCCAGCGGGUAUUGCCCAUUAACUCCAAGGGAGACUGGAAUUUUUCUCAGUGCUCUUGGGUACCCACCAAACACACCUAUCUACAUUGCUGCUGGAAAGAUAUAUGGUGAUUCUCGUAUGGCUGAUCUACUAUCCCGUUAUCCCAUACUGAAGAGCAAGGAAACCUUGGCAUCCGUUGAGGAGCUUGAACCUUUUACCAAUCAUGCGUCUCAAAUGGCUGCGCUUGACUACCUUGUUUCAGUUGAAAGUGAUGUAUUUAUACCUACAUAUCCAGGACAUAUGGCGGCGGCAGUUGAAGGUCACCGUCGCUUUCUUGGACACAGGAAAACAAUAAACCCUGACAGAAAAGCCCUUGUUUCUCUGUUUGACAAACUUGAGCAGGGAACACUUGAGGAAGGCAAAACCUUAUCAAAUAGAGUUGUUCAAAUGCACAGGAAACGGCAAGGCUCCCCACGGAAAAGAAGAGGUCCUGCUCCAGGACUUAGGGGGAAGGAUAAGCUUCGUUCGGAAGAACCCUUUUACGAGAACCCCUUACCAGAUUGUUUGUGUAGAAAAGAAAUGCCAAUGCAAAGAGCUCGCUAAUCAUCUCAGAGAUUUCAAAACUACGAAAUGGUUCCUCUAACGAAAAGGUUCCUGCACUGGUAGGGUGGUGACACAAUCUUUCUUUACAAUUUAUUGUAACUUAGAAGUUUGUGUUUCGGUUGUAUGCAUAGGACAGCGAAGUGUGUAUAUCCCGAGUUUAGAUAGCUGGUGGUGAGUUGUUAUAGUGUUGAUGAAGAGUAAAAUGCAAGUACGUUCAGGUCAGGGAAUGGAUCGCUGGAAAGAGGGCUUUCCAUUUAUGUGCUUUCCAAAGUUUCUAGAGUUCGAUAUAGAAUGAUUCACGUUGGGGGAUACGAAAAUAGAUCAUUUGUUUGUUUCCAAAGGAACAAGCACUCUUCGUGUAUUCGUAACUAUUUGAUGCAGUAUAAGUGAAAGAAUUUGACUCUA